AUGAAUCCAGAUUCACCAGCAGACCGUAAUGGAAUAUCAUUUGAGACUCUAAGAGAUGGCGCUUCGUGGCCUAUCGAAUUUAAUUCAAACAAUCGCCGCACGUGCGACGCGAAAAGUACACGUAUUCGCGUGCCGGCAAGUAGUGGUUCGGCAUGUAGAAGUCAUGAUAUCGCGAUUAGCUUGGACUGUGCUCCACUUCACACGCGGAUCACGAACUGUAAUCGUAAAUUCGGCUGCGAAGAAGCUAAUAAAAAAAAUACCAGAAUUCGGAAAAUAAAGUCACCAAGUGUACGUUUGAAAAACACAGGCCGGUUCGGUAUUAUUGCCAUUUCCCGUCGUAUACCUGCAUACAUGAAGGGCCCGGCCGACUGCUCCGGCAGCCCGUUUCGUCAUCGAUGUUCGCCGCUCUCGCGAAACGGUGAAUGGUGCAACGCGAUCGCGUCCACGCUGCCCGGCCGCUUCGUAUACGUAUGUAUGUAAACAUACCGUGAGCGAUUCUUUGCUGCGGAAUUCUUCAUGGCGAUUGCACACGUGCCUGUGCGCCUUGUCACGGGAAAACAAAACGCGAUAUAUCGCAACGCGGUAUACAUGGUCAUUUUAAUAUCCUUGUACACGCGAAUUAUGGCGCUUGUCGCAAUUGAGGCAUACAUAGAAAAUGCAUACAGGUUAGUGCAUUUACUUCAUAUGCGUACAGGAUUAUUAAGGCAUUAGGGAUUCUACAUGAAAAAAAGUGAUGU